AUGUCCAGUCCUGUAAAAUACAAGCCUUUAAGUGAUGAUAUUUGUGAACCUAAAGCUACCUCAAGGGGAACUGAAAUAUAUGCUCCUGAAGAUGUAUAUCUUAAAGCUAAUAUCCCAGUAAUUAUUAAGAGUAAAAUAAGCAUGUCUUUUGAUAAUUGUUAUUGUGCAAUUAUAACUCAUCCUGAAUACAGAACUCUUGGUGGUUUAAUUGAUUCUGAUUACAGAGGUGAUGUUGGUGUAAUUUUUUGUACUGCUAAAGACAUUUUUAUUAAGAAAGGUGAAUUACUUGGACUUGUUACUGUUUUGAAAAUUGAACAUCCUAUUUUUACUGAAAAUUCUGAUUCCUUUGGUAUUAAAACAAGUGAAGUUAGCAUUGGAAAAUAA